GUUCUCCAGUUAACGUUGGAGCGAUUGCCGGAGGAAUAGUGGGGGCGCUGGCGGUUCUUUGUAUCGUAGGCGUGGGCCUAUUUUUUUACAGGAGGCGUCUGGCAGACAGUGGCGACAGCCCGCUAACCAAAUUACCUCGCCGGUCACCAAAGCAAAGGUCAGUGCCGGAGGACGACACCCAGAUGGGGGCGAUCGGACCGAUGGACGAGGAGGCGGUAGAAGUGAAGAAAUCUCCUGCUCCAAAACCGAAGCCCAAACCCAAAAGGCCAAGCAGAAGUGGCGGCGCCUCACCGUCCUUAGCCCUGCGUCAGCCCAUCCCGAUCAACAGGCUGGAGAGGGAGUUCACCAGGCGUCACGCUAACGACGACCAGCUGUUUGUGGAGGAAUACAGCUAUCUGCCUAAGCCGUUUGGAAGAGACCAUGCAGAAGCUUACUACAACGAGGAAAAUGCCUCCAGGAACAAGUUUAGAAACAUCAUCGCAUAUGACAGGGGCCUUGUGAAGCUGACUCCAAUCGAAGGGGUUCCAGGAUCAGGCUAUAUCCAUGCCUCUUACAUGGAUGGAUACCAGGAGCAGGGCAAGUUUAUUGCUGCCCAGGGCCCUAUGGAGAACACCAUCGCUGACUUCUGGAGGAUGAUCUGGGAGACAGGUUCAACAGCAAUCGUCAUGGUAACCAACCUGGAGGAGAAUGGCAAGAAAAAAUGCUCAAAGUACUGGCCCGACAGUGGAGAGAAGACCUACAACCCCGGCGGGGGAUAUGGAACGUUAACUGUAAAACUUGAGCAAGCUGUGCCGAUGGUGGACCACGUCACUCGAGUAUUCCUGCUGAGCAAAGCAAGGGAGAGGAGAGUGCGCAAAGUCACUCACUUCCACUUCAUCGGAUGGCCAGACUUUGGGCUGCCGAAGAGCCCCAUGGGAUUGCUGAAGUUCCGGAAGACCGUGAUGUCGUCUUUGACCUCCAACGACAGACCAAUCGUCGUGCACUGCAGUGCCGGGGUGGGCCGUACCGGUACUUUCAUCACCGUGGACGCCAUGUUGGACAUGAUCAAGGAAGAGGGGAAGGUGGACGUGUUCGGGUUUGUGGAGAAGAUGCGUCAGAACAGGAGCUUCAUGGUGCAGACUGAGGCUCAGUACGUGUUCAUCUUCAAAGCCCUCUUGGAAGAUUACCUGUACGGAGACACGGAAAGUGAAGUGGCCAACAUCCACCGCUACAUGCAGAAACUCAAGAUGGAGGAUCCUCAGACUGGCGUAUCUGGGCUCGAGACUGAGUUUGGGAAGCUGACCCGCAUCCCCAUCGACAAAGCCAACAUGCGGUCCGGGAACCUGCCGGAGAACCUGUCCAAGAACAGGGUGCUGCAGGUCCUGCCGUACGACACCACCCGAGUUUUCCUACAGCAGAAGCCAGGUGUGAAGGGAUCUGACUACAUCAACGCUUCCUUCAUUGAUGGCUACAACAUGAAGGACGCGUACAUCGCUACCCAGGGCCCGCUGGACCGGACUGUGGAGGACUUCUGGAGGAUGGUGUGGGAGUGGAACUCCUGCUCUGUUGUCAUGCUGACUGAGAUCAAGGAGAAGAGUCAGAACAAGUGCGCCAUGUACUGGCCGGAGGAUGGCAGCCAGUCUUUUGGCGACUUCACUGUGUCUCUUCAAGACCAGACUGACUACCCUGACUACACCCUGCGUACCUUCCACCUCACUAAGGGCAAGGGAGGAACAACCCGUACCGUGCAGCAGUUCCACUUCCACGGUUGGCCGGAGGUCGGUAUCCCUGACAACGCCGCUGGGAUGAUCGAUCUGAUUGGUCAGGUUCAGAAGCAGCAGCAGCACUCUGGGAACGGACCAAUCACCGUGCACUGCAGUGCCGGGGCCGGCCGCACGGGGGCGUUCUGUGCCAUCAGCACAGUACUGGAGCGGGUGAAGGCAGAGGGAGUCUGUGACGUGUUCCAAGUGGUGAAGGCACUCCGGCUGCAGCGGCCUCACAUGGUGCAGACACUGGACCAGUACCAGUUCUGUUACCAGGCUGUUGUGGAGUACCUGGACAGUUUUGACCACUACGCCAAUUUCCGCUGAAGAGUCGUGUGGCACCUGAAAGCUUUCGACAAGAAAUGUCAGAGUUCAGACAAAAAACGAUCAUCAGUUGAAGACUUACUAUACUGUGUAUCUUAGUGACAAACUUUGAUUAUAUGCUUUAAGCAUGGAUGGUUUCACAGCUUAAAUAGAUGCAAAACACCAACUAUAUUAGCAUGAAAUUUCAUCUUUCUUGGUGCAAGUCAUUAAGUAAAGACUAAACUAAACUAUAAUGAGGCAUAUGUAGGACCCGCUACUACGGUCACGUGUCUCUGAUGUCACGUUCCAAGUGUAGACGGGUCCAUUCCGUGAACAAGGUUGAAGGAAUUAGUCGAAAAUUUGGGUAAGUCCAAUUCGUUCCAGUGUUGGAGAUGAAAUAUAGUCUUUACUUCAUAGCAGCAAUAUGAAUUAGGUUUCUCACUUUUAAAGUUUUGAUGUAGCGAUGCCAUUUUAACUAAUCAAAUCAAUCAUUGUUAAUAAGGAUCAAGAUUGUAUGCUUCAAAAAUUCAUGCACUAGUUGAUAUGAAAGAGAUAUUUGCUGUUGUCUUCUGAAGAUGGUUUACAGUUUAAUGAACAGGGGAGUUAAUUCCAUUUCACUAAAUUCCAAACGGUAUGUCCAGAAUACCAAGCAAAUCCUCAGUACAAUUGUCUACAUUAAUGUACUCUAAUGAGGAUAUCUGAAAAAAAAAACUACACAGAGUAUCUUACAAAUAACACAGAUUACAACCACAAGAGACCAGGAAUGACAAAUCUAGAUGACUUUUAUUCCGAUAUCUACAAAGGAUAUUAUAACCUCAAGACACAGAUGGAUUCCGAAGAAGUGCUACCACAUCAGGAAUGAUUGGUCGAAAAAAAAAGUGAAAAUCAAUUUCUUCUAUCAAGGCUACCAUCAUCAGAUGCUUUUUGUGUCGCAGAGCAUCACCUCUGUGUUUCUAAUGGUUAAAGCCCACUUUAACUUUUACGUUAAUGCACAUAAGUCUACAUUUGUAUGGACGUGGGUAGGAAAUAGUAUGAACCAGUCAAGUAUCAUUUGGGAAGAGGAUCACGUCUGUAUUAUCUGUUUGAGCAAGUUCUUUUGAAUUGAGAAGGCAGAUCAUUUACCCUGUCACAACUGGUUUGUAGUCACUUAAAUCCAAACAUCUGGUUGUAGAUGACAUAUUUUCUCUCCUUAAGAUUAAAUCAAGUAUUGAAUCUGUACCUUUUCUGUGUCUUGACAUCUACAGUGUUGUGUAUUUACAAUAUUGACAAUGCAGAAAUUAACAUGAUCAUUCCAUUCAUAAAAGUGUAGAACAUAUCCUAUUAUUAACAUGCUUGAGGCCACCUCCUUGUGAUGGCAACACAUAGUUAGCUGGCAUGUAGAGCUUCAAUACUCGAAAAAUAUUACACAUACUUGGUAAAAGCAAUGCUUGUAAAUUAUAUGAACACAUGGACGGAUUAAGCUUAAGCAUUGUUCCCUAUAGGUAAAAUUAGUAUCAAGCAAAUAAAAACAAAACCAUGACUUAAUAUAACAUGAGAUCAGUGACGUUCACACUGCUGCAAUUCAGUCAUUACUUGCCAGAUUGUGCUGUACAGUGUGUCAAAUUCUCUCAAGGAAAAUACCUAGUAUUCAUUUAUAAACAGUCUCCACACAAAACAAACUAUGUGAAACAUUACUUUGACAACUGAGACAAAAAAAGACAUAAAUAAACUACCUGUGACUUGAAUGCCAAAGGUGCAUGAGGUUUAAGAUUUCCAGCUUCUUUAUGGUAAACAAUCUGGCAUGUUUUUGCUGAGAAGUGACAUAGCAGUGUUAGAUAUUCUAUAAACUUUAAGCAACAAUAAAAUCUACAUGACAACAUAUUAUAUAUCUACAUAAAUUGUUGAGAAAUCGUAAGCAAAGGCAGAAGCUUUGUAAUCUUGAUCUUUUAGCACAUAAAGUCUACAUUUGGCUUUCUAUGGCCCAUCAAAAUCAAUAUAGAACUGGCAUGGCAAUAUUGUCCAUCUCAGUGUGUGGUAAACAAUCUGUGAGAAUAGUGUACCCUGUGUUUGACAUAUGCAAUUGAAGUUCCCAAUUUUCUAUCAGCACAUUAGUGUCUGUAUACAAUGUACAUGUAUUGCACAUGAAAACAUGGAAUGCCAAAAACAGGGAUACCAAAGUUCAGGGAAUAGCCAAAGAAUAUAUCCCAAGAAAAAGGAUUUCAAACAAAUUCUAGCAGAGAAGCAUGGCCUACCGUACAUGUUUAUCUUACAUUAAUGUACAAGACACAUUUACAUACUAUUAGUAUCGUUUCUUUCUGAUGGUCAUAUUAGCACACUUAUGAAUCGCAUCUACAAAAAUAGCACUUUGAUAACAGUUCUUCUUAUACAUCUAUGUGAUCAAAUACUACAUUGUACAUUUCUGAAAGGCACAACACUUCAAAAGGUGUGAUGUAAUGCUACUAGCUGUUCUAGGCAUUGUGAAUAGAAAUAUGUCUACCA